AUGACUUUUCCAUCCCAAGGUCAUGGUUCCAGUGUUGCAUCUCCUCAUGCCCCUUCUCCAACUCAACGUGCGCUCUCCCCGCCUCCAGCCAAAUGCCCAAAUGGUGUUGUCUGCCCAGAAGGCGCGUCGCGCGUGGUGGACGGCAGCGGCUUCCCUUUUUGCAAGUGCCCGGCCGGGCAGGCCAUAAUCUACGGCAAGUGCGCCACAGCCAAGAGCUGGACGGCAGUGGGCACCAACGUGGUGCUCUAUAACCGCCCCUCCUUUAUCAACAACCCCCGCUCUCUCGCACCUGCUGUGCUGCGCGCCCCGCCACCCAACACUUCGGCCUGUGUGAACAUACCACGGGAAUUCGCGUCUGGCAAUCUGCAGUCGCUGCGCGUGAUGUGGAACGUGAAUGAUGGCGUGGCGGAUCACCUGGUGUGCGGCAAGGUCGCCUUCUGGAACCAGCCUGAUUGCGCCGAAGCCUACCCAGUGGGGGUGUUUGAGAUCCCUGGCACGUGGACGGCUGUAACGCCCACCAAGUUCAAAUACGCCACCACCAGCUUGACCGUGACUCUGCUUGUGCUGCCUGCGUUGACCGUGUCUCUGCUUGUGUUGACUGCGUUGACCGUGACUCUGCUUGUGUUGCCUGCGUUGACCGUGACUCUGCUUGUGCUGACUGUGUCGACCGUGACUCUGCUCGUGCUGACUGCGUUGACCGUGACUCUGCUUGUGCUGACUGCGUUGACUGUGAUUCUGCUUGUGUUGACUGCGUUGACCGUGUCUCUACUUGUGUUGACUGCGUUGACCGUGUCUUUGCUUGUGUUGACUGCGUUGACCGUGACUCUGCUUGUGUUGACUGCGUUGACCGUGACUCUGCUUGUGCUGACUAUGUUGACCGUGACUCUGCCUGUGCUGACUGCGUUGACCGUGACUCUGCUUGUGCUGACUGCGUUGACCGUGACUCUGCAUGUGCUGACUGCGUCGACCGUGUCUCUGCUUGUGUUGACUGCGUUGACCGUGUCUUUGCUUGUGUUGACUGCGUUGACCGUGACUCUGCUUGUGUUGACUGCGUUGAUCGUGACUCUGCUUGUGCUGACUGCGUUGACCGUGACUCUGCUUGUGCUGACUGCGUUGACCGUGUCUCUGCUUGUGUUGACUGCGUUGACCGUGACUCUGCUUGUGCUGACUGCCUUGACCGUGACUCAGCUUGUGCUGACUGCGUUGACCGUGUCUCUGCUUGUGUUGACUGCGUUGACCGUGACUCUGCUUGUGCUGACUGCGUUGACCGUGACUCUGCUUGUGCUGACUGCGUUGACCGUGACUCUGCUUGUGUUGACUGCGUUGACCGUGUCUCUGCUUGUGUUGACUGCGUUGACCGUGUCUCUGCUUGUGUUGACUGCGUUAACCGUGACUCUGCUUGUGUUGACUGCGUUGACCGUGACUCUGCUUGUGCUGACUGCGUUGAUUGUGACUCUGCUUGUGCUGACUGCGUUGACCGUGUCUCUGCUUGUGUUGACAGCGUUGACCGUGACUCUGCUUGUGCUCACUCUGUUGACCGUGACUCUGCUUGUGCUGACUGCGUUGAUCGUGACUCUGCUUGUGCUGACUGCGUUGACCGUGACUCUGCUUGUGCUGAUUGCGUUGACCGUGUCUCUGCUUGUGUUGACUGCGUUGACCGUGUCUCUGCUUCUCUUGACUGCGUUGACUGUGUCUCUGCUUGUGUUGACUGCGUUGACCGUGACUCUGCUUGUGCUGACUGCGUUGACGGUGACUCUGCUUGUGCUGACUGCGUUGACCGUGUCUCUGCUUGUGUUGAGUGCGUUGACCGUGACUCUGCUUGUGUUGACUGCGUUGACCGUGACUCUGCUUGUGUUGACUCCGUUGACCGUGACUCUGCUUGUGCUGACUGCGUUGACCGUGACCCUGCUUGUGUUGACUGCGUCGACCGUGUCUCUGCUUGUGUUGACUACGUUGAUUAUGUCUCUGCUUGUGUUGACUGCGUUGACCGUGACUCUGCUUGUGUUGACUGCGUUGACCGUGACUCUGCUUGUGCUGACUGCGUUGAUCGCGACUCUGCUUGUGCUGACUGCGUUGACCGUGACUCUGCUUGUGCUGACUGCGUUGAUCGUGUCUCUGCUUGUGUUGACUGCGUUGACCGUGACUCUGCUUGUGUUGACUGCGUUGACCGUGACUCUGCUUAUGCUGACUGCGUGGACCGUGACUCUGCUUGUGUUGACUGCGUCGACCAUGUCUCUGCUUGUGUUGACUGCGUUGAUCGUGUCUCUGCUUGUGUUGACUGCGUUGACCGUGACUCUGCUUGUGCUGACUGCGUUGACCGUGUCUCUGCUUGUGUUGACUGCGUUAACCGUGACUUUGCUUGUGCUGACUACGUUGACCGUGACUCUGCUUGUGUUGACAGCGUCGACCGUGUCUCUGCUUGUGUUGACUACGUUGACCGUGUCUCUGCUUGUAUUGACUGCGUUGACCGUGACACUGCGUGUGUUGACUGCGUUGACCGUGACUCUGCUUGUGCUGACUGCGUUGAUCGUGACUCUUCUUGUGCUGACUGCGUUGACCGUGACUCUGCUUGUGCUGAUAGCGUUGACCGUGUCUCUGCUUGUGUUGACUGCGUUGACCGUGUCUCUGCUUGUGUUGACUGCGUUGACCGUGAAUCUGGUUGUGCUGACUCUGUUGACCGUGACUCUGCUUGUGCUGACUGCGUUGACCGUGACUCUGCUUGUGCUAACUGAGUUGACCGUGAUUCUGCUUGUGCUGACUGCGUUGACCGUGUCUCUGCUUGUGUUGACUGCGUUGACCGUGACUGUGCUUGUGUUGACUGAGUUGACAGUGACUCUGCUUGUGCUGAUUGCGUUGAUCGUGUCUCUGCUUGUGUUGACUGCGUUGAUCGUGUCUCUGCUUGUGUUGACUGCGUUGACCGUGACUCUGCUUGUGUUGACUGCGUUGACCGUGACUCUGCUUGUGCUGACUGCGUUGACCAUGUCUCUGCUUGUGUUGACUGCGUUGACCGUGACUCUGCUUGUGCUGACUGCGUUGACCGUGACAAUGCUUCUGCUGACUGCGUUGAUCGUGACUCUGCUUGUGUUGACUGCGUUGACCGUUACUCUGCUUGUGUUGACUGCGUUCACCGAGACUCUGCUUGUGCUGACUGUGUUGACCGUGACUCUGCUUGUGCUGACUGCGUUGACCGUGACUCUGCUUGUGCUGACUGCGUCGACUGUGACUCUGCUUGUGUUGACUGCGUUGACCGUGUCUCUGCUUGUGUUGACUGCGUUGACCGUGUCUCUGCUUGUGUUGACUGCGUUGACCGUGACUCUGCUUGUGUUGACUGCGUUGACCGUGACUCUGCUUGUGCUGACUGCGUUGACCGUGUCUCUACUUGUGUUGACUGCGUUGACCGUGACUCUGCUUGUGCUGACUGCGUCGACUGUGACUCUGCUUGUGUUGACUGCGUUGACCGUGUCUCUGCUUGUGUUGACUGCGUUGACCGUGUCUCUGCUUGUGUUGACUGCGUUGACCGUGACUCUGAUUGUGCUGACUGUGUUGACCGUGACUCUCCUUGUGCUGACUGCGUUGACCGUGUCUCUGCUUGUGUUGACUGCGUUGACCGUGACUCUGCUUGUGUUGACUAAGUUGACCGUGACUCUGCUUGUGCUGACUGCGUUGACCGUGUCUCUACUUGUGUUGACUGCGUUGACCGUGACUCUGCUUGUGUUGCCUGCGUUGACCGUGACUCUGCUUGUGCUGACUGUGUUGACCGUGACUCUGCUUGUGUUGACUGCGUUGACCGUGACUCUGCUUAUGCUGACUGCGUGGACCGUGACUCUGCUUGUGUUGACUGCGUCGACCGUGUCUCUUCUUGUGUUGACUGCGUUGAUCGUGUCUCUGCUUGUGUUGACUGCGUUGACCGUGACUCUGCUUGUGUUGACUGCGUUGACCGUGACUCUGCUUGUGCUGACUGCGUUGACCGUGACUCUGCUUGUGCUGACUGCGUUGACCGUGUCUCUGCUUGUGUUGACUGCGUUGACCGUGACUUUGCUUGUGCUGACUGCGUUGACCGCGACUCUGCUUGUGUUGACUGCGUCGACCGUGUCUCUGCUUGUGUUGACUGCGUUGACCGUGUCUCUGCUUGUGUUGACUGCGUUGACCGUGACUCUGCUUGUGCUGACUGCGUUGACCGUGACUCUGCUUGUGCUGACUGCGUUGAGCGUGUCUCUGCUUGUGCUGACUGCGUUGACCGUGUCUCUGCUUGUGUUGACAACGUUGACCGUGACUCUGCUUGUGUUGACUGCGUUGACCGUGACUCUACUUGUGCUGACUGCGUUGACCGUGACUCUGCUUGUGUUGACUGCGUUGACCGUGAUUUUACUUGUGCUGACUGCGUUGACCGUGACUCUGCUUGUGUUGACUGCGUCGACCGUGUCUCUGCUUGUGUUGACUGCGUUGACCGUGUCUUUGCUUGUGUUGACUGUAUUGACCGUGACUCUGCGUGUGUUGACUGCGUUGACCGUGACUCUGCUUGUGCUGACUGCCUUGACCGUGACUCUGCUUCUGCUGAUUGCGUUGAUCGUGACUCUUCUUCUGUUGACUGCGUUGACCGUGUCUCUGCUUGUAUUGACUGCGUUGACCGUGACUCCGGUUGUGCUGACUCUGUUGAUCGUGACUCUGCUUGUGCUGACUGUGUUGACCGUGACUCUGCUUGUGCUGACUGCAUUGACCUUGACCGUGACUCUGCUUGUGCUGACUGCGUUGACCAUGUCUCUGCUUGUGUUGACUGCGUUGACCGUGACUCUGCUUGUGUUGCCUGCGUUGACCGUGACUCUGUUUGUGCUGACUGUGUUGACCGUGACUCUGCUUGUGUUGACUGCGUUGACCGUGACUCUGCUUGUGCUGACUGCGUUGACCGUGACUCUGCUUGUGCUGACUGCGUUGACCGUGACUCUGCUUGUGCUGUUUGCGUCGACCGUGUCUCUGCUUGUGUUGAAUGCGUUGACCGUGUCUUUGCUUGUGUUGACUGCGUUGACCGUGACUCUGCUUGUGCUGACUACGUUGACUGUGUCUCUGCUUGUGUUGACUGCGUUGACCGUGACUCUGCUUGUGUUGACUGCGUUGACCAUGACUCUGCUUGUGCUGACUGCGUUGACCGUGACCCUGCUUGUGUUGACUGCGUCGACCGUGUCUCUGCUUGUGUUGACUACGUUGACCGUGUCUCUGCUUGUGUUGACUGCGUUGACCGUGACUCUGCUUGUGUUGACUGCGUUGACCGUGACUCUGCUUGUGCUGACUGCGUUGAUCGUGACUCUGCUUGUGCUGACUGCGUUGACCGUGACUCUGCUUGUGCUGACUGCGUUGAUCGUGUCUCUACUUGUGUUGACUGCGUUGACCGUGACUCUGCUUGUGUUGACUGCGUUGACCGUGACACUGCUUAUGCUGACUGCGUGGACCGUGACUCUGCUUGUGUUGACUGCGUCGACCGUGUCUCUGCUUGUGUUGACUGCGUUGAUCGUGUCUCUGCUUGUGUUGACUGCGUUGACCGUAACUCUGCUUGUGCUGACUGCGUUGACCGUGUCUCUGCUUGUGUUGACUGCGUUGACCGUGACUCUGCUUGUGCUGACUACGUUGACCGUGUCUCUGCUUGUGUUGACUGCGUUGACCGUGACUCUGCUUGUGUUGACUGCGUUGACCAUGACUCUGCUUGUGCUGACUGCGUUGACCGUGACCCUGCUUGUGUUGACUGCGUCGACCGUGUCUCUGCUUGUGUUGACUACGUUGACCGUGUCUCUGCUUGUGUUGACUGCGUUGAUCGUGACUCUGCUUGUGUUGACUGCGUUGACCGUGACUCUGCUUGUGCUGACUGCGUUGAUCGUGACUCUGCUUGUGCUGACUGCGUUGACCGUAACUCUGCUUGUGCUGACUGCGUUGACCGUGUCUCUGCUUGUGUUGACUGCGUUGACCGUGACUUUACUUGUGCUGACUGCGCUGACCAUGACUCUGCUUGUGUUGACUGCGUCGACCGUGUCUCUGCUUGUGUUGACUGCGUUGGCCGUGUCUCAACUUGUGUUGACUGUGUUGACCGUGACUCUGCGUGUGUUGACUGCGUUGACCGUGACUCUGCUUGUGCUGACUGCCUUGACCGUGACUCUGCUUGUGCUGACUGCGUUGAUCGUGACUCUUCUUGUGCUGACUGCGUUGACCGUGACUCUGCUUGUGCUGACUGCGUUGCCCGUGUCUCUGCUUGUGUUGACUGCAUUGACCGUGUCUCUGCUUGUGUUGACUGCGUUGACUGUGUCUCUGCUUGUGUUGUUUGCGUUGACCGUGACUCUGGUUGUGCUGACUCUGUUGACCGUGACUCUGCUUGUGCUGACUGUGUUGACCGUGACUCUGCUUGUGCUGACUGCGUUGACCGUGACUCUGCUUGUGCUGACUGAGUUGACCGUGAUUCUGCUUGUGCUGACUGCGUUGACCGUGUCUCUGCUUGUGUUGACUGCGUUGACCGUGACUCUGCUUGUGUUGACUGAGUUGACCGUGACUCUGCUUGUGCUGACUGCGUUGACCGUGUCUCUGCUUGUAUUGACUGCAUUGACCGUGACUCUGCUUGUGUUGCCUGCGUUGACCGUGACUCUGCUUGUGUUGACUGUGUUGACCGUGACUCUGCUUGUGCUGACUGCGUUGACCGUGACUCUGCUUGUGCUGACUGCGUUGACUGUGACUCUGCUUGUGUUGACUGCGUUGACCGUGUCUCUGCUUGUGUUGACUGCGUUGACCGUGUCUCUGCUUGUGUUGACUGCGUUGACCGUGACUCUGCUUGUGUUGACUGCGUUGACCGUGACUCUGAUUGUGCUGACUGUGUUGACCGUGACUCUGCUUGUGCUGACUGCGUUGACCGUGUCUCUGCUUGUGUUGACUGCGUUGACCGUGACUCUGCUUGUGUUGACUGAGUUGACCGUGGCUCUGCUUGUGCUGACUGCGUUGACCGUGACUCUGCUUGUGCUGACUGCGUUGACCGUGACUCUGCUUGUGUUGACUGCGUUGACCGUGACUCUGCUUGUGCUGUUUGCGUCGACCGUGUCUCUGCUUGUGUUGACUGCGUUGACCGUGUCUCUGCUUGUGUUGACUGCGUUGACCGUGACUCUGCUUGUGCUGACUGCGUUGACCGUGACCCUGCUUGUGUUGACUGCGUCGACCGUGUCUCUGCUUGUGUUGACUACGUUGACCGUGUCUCUGCUUGUGUUGACUGCGUUGACCGUGACUCUGCUUGUGUUGACUGCGUUGACCGUGACUCUGCUUGUGCUGACUGCGUUGAUCGUGACUCUGCUUGUGUUGACUGCGUUGACCGUGACUCUGCUUGUGCUGACUGCGUUGAUCGUGUCUCUGCUUGUGUUGACUGCGUUGACCGUGACUCUGCUUGUGUUGACUGCGUUGACCGUGACUCUGCUUAUGCUGACUGCGUGGACCGUGACUCUGCUUGUGUUGACUACGUCGACCGUGUCUCUGCUUGUGUUGACUGCGUUGAUCGUGUCUCUGCUUGUGUUGACUGCGUUGACCGUGACUCUGCUUGUGCUGACUGCGUUGACCGUGUCUCUGCUUGUGUUGACUGCGUUGACCGUGACUUUGCUUGUGCUGACUGCGUUGACCGUGACUCUGCUUGUGUUGACUGCGUUGACCGUGUCUCUGCUUGUGUUGACUGCGUUGGCCGUGUCUCUGCUUGUGUUGACUGCGUUGACCGUGACUCUGCGUGUGUUGACUGCGUUGACCGUGACUCUGCUUGUGCUGACUGCCUUGAUCGUGACUCUGCUUGUGCUGACUGCGUUGAUCGUGACUCUUCUUGUGCUGACUACGUUGACCGUGACUCUGCUUGUGCUGACUGCGUUGCCCGUGUCUCUGCUUGUGUUGACUGCGUUGACCGUGUCUCUGCUUGUGUUGACUGCGUUGACCGUGUCUCUGCUUGUGUUGUUUGCAUUGACCGUGACUCUGGUUGUGCUGACUCUGUUGACCGUGACUCUGCUUGUGCUGACUGUGUUGACCGUGACUCUGCUUGUGCUGACUGCGUUGACCGUGACUCUGCUUGUGCUGACUGAGUUGACCGUGAUUCUGCUUGUGCUGACUGCGUUGACCGUGUCUCUGCUUGUGUUGACUGCGUUGACCGUGACUCUGCUUGUGUUGACUGAGUUGACCGUGACUCUGCUUGUGCUGACUGCGUUGACCGUGUCUCUGCUUGUGUUGACUGCAUUGACCGUGACUCUGCUUGUGUUGCCUGCGUUGACCGUGACUCUGCUUGUGCUGACUGUGUUGACCGUGACUCUGCUUGUGCUGACUGCGUUGACCGUGACUCUGCUUGUGCUGACUGCGUCGACUGUGACUCUGCUUGUGUUGACUGCGUUGACCGUGUCUCUGCUUGUGUUGACUGCGUUGACCGUGUCUCUGCUUGUGUUGACUGCAUUGACCGUGACUCUGCUUGUGUUGACUGCGUUGACCGUGACUCUGAUUGUGCUGACUGUGUUGACCGUGACUCUGCUUGUGCUGACUGCGUUGACCGUGUCUCUGCUUGUGUUGACUGCGUUGACCGUGACUCUGCUUGUGUUGACUGAGUUGACCGUGACUCUGCUUGUGCUGACUGCGUUGACCGUGUCUCUACUUGUGUUGACUGCGUUGACCGUGACUCUGCCUGUGUUGCCUGCGUUGACCGUGACUCUGCUUGUGCUGACUGUGUUGACCGUGACUCUGCUUGUGUUGACUGCGUUGACCGUGACUCUGCUUAUGCUGACUGCGUGGACCGUGACUCUGCUUGUGUUGACUGCGUCGACCGUGUCUCUGCUUGUGUUGACUGCGUUGAUCGUGUCUCUGCUUGUGUUGACUGCGUUGACCGUGACUCUGCUUGUGUUGACUGCGUUGACCGUGACUCUGCUUGUGCUGACUGCGUUGACCGUGACUCUGCUUGUGCUGACUGCGUUGACCGUGUCUCUGCUUGUGUUGACUGCGUUGACCGUGACUUUGCUUGUGCUGACUGCGUUGACCGUGACUCUGCUUGUGUUGACUGCGUCGACCGUGUCUCUGCUUGUGUUGACUGCGUUGACCGUGUCUCUGCUUGUGUUGACUGCGUUGACCGUGACUCUGCUUGUGCUGACUGCGUUGACCGUGACUCUGCUUGUGCUGACUGCGUUGACCGUGUCUCUGCUUGUGUUGACUGCGUUGAUCGUGUCUCUGCUUGUGUUGACUGCGUUGACCGUGACUCUGCUUGUGUUGACUGCGUUGACCGUGACUCUGCUUGUGCUGACUGCGUUGACCGUGACUCUGCUUGUGCUGAGUGCGUUGACCGUGUCUCUGCUUGUGUUGACUGCGUUGACCGUGACUUUGCUUGUGCUGACUGCGUUGAUCGUGACUCUGCUUGUGUUGACUGCGUCGACCGUGUCUCUGCUUGUGUUGACUGCGUUGACCGUGUCUCUGCUUGUGUUGACUGCGUUGACCGUGACUCUGCUUGUGCUGACUGCGUUGACCGUGACUCUGCUUGUGCUGACUGCGUUGACCGUGACUCUGCCUGUGUUGCCUGCGUUGACCGUGACUCUGCUUGUGCUGACUGUGUUGACCGUGACUCUGCUUGUGUUGACUGCGUUGACCGUGACUCUGCUUAUGCUGACUGCGUGGACCGUGACUCUGCUUGUGUUGACUGCGUCGACCGUGUCUCUGCUUGUGUUGACUGCGUUGAUCGUGUCUCUGCUUGUGUUGACUGCGUUGACCGUGACUCUGCUUGUGUUGACUGCGUUGACCGUGAAUCUGCUUGUGCUGACUGCGUUGACCGUGACCCUGCUUGUGCUGACUGCGUUGACCGUGUCUCUGCUUGUGUUGACUGCGUUGACCGUGACUUUGCUUGUGCUGACUGCGUUGACCGUGACUCUGCUUGUGUUGACUGCGUCGACCGUGUCUCUGCUUGUGUUGACUGCGUUGACCGUGUCUCUGCUUGUGUUGACUGCGUUGACCGUGACUCUGCUUGUGCUGACUGCGUUGACCGUGACUCUGCUUGUGCUGACUGCGUUGACCGUGUCUCUGCUUGUGUUGACUGCGUUGAUCGUGUCUCUGCUUGUGUUGACUGCGUUGACCGUGACUCUGCUUGUGUUGACUGCGUUGACCGUGACUCUGCUUGUGCUGACUGCGUUGACCGUGACUCUGCUUGUGCUGAGUGCGUUGACCGUGUCUCUGCUUGUGUUGACUGCGUUGACCGUGACUUUGCUUGUGCUGACUGCGUUGACCGUGACUCUGCUUGUGUUGACUGCGUCGACCGUGUCUCUGCUUGUGUUGACUGCGUUGACCGUGUCUCUGCUUGUGUUGACUGCGUUGACCGUGACUCUGCUUGUGCUGACUGCGUUGACCGUGACUCUGCUUGUGCUGACUGCGUUGAGCGUGUCUCUACUUGUGCUGACUGCGUUGACCGUGUCUCUGCUUGUGUUGACAACGUUGACCGUGACUCUGCUUGUGCUGACUGCGUUGACCGUGACUCUACUUGUGCUGACUGCGUUGACCGUGACUCUACUUGUGCUGACUGCGUUGACCGUGUCUCUGCUUGUGUUGAAUGCGUUGACCGUGACUUUACUUGUGCUGACUGUGUUGACCGUGACUCUGCUUGUGUUGACUGCGUCGACCGUGUCUCUGCUUGUGUUGACUGCGUUGACCGUGUCUUUGCUUGUGUUGACUGUAUUGACCGUGACUCUGCGUGUGUUGACUGCGUUGACCGUGACUCUGCUUGUGCUGACUGCCUUGACCGUGACUCUGCUUGUGCUGAUUGCGUUGACCGUGUCUCUGCUUGUAUUGACUGCGUUGACCGUGACUCUGGUUGUGCUGACUCUGUUGAUCGUGACUCUGCUUGUGCUGACUGUGUUGACCGUGACUCUGCUUGUGCUGACUGCGUUGACCGUGACUCUGCUUGUGCUGACUGAGUUGACCGUGAUUCUGCUUGUGCUGACUGCGUUGACCAUGUUUAUGCUUGUGUUGACUUCGUUGACCGUGACUCUGCUUGUGUUGACUGCGUUGACCGUGACUCUGCUUGUGCUGACUACGUUGACCGUGUCUCUGCUUGUGCUGACUGCGUUGACCGUGACUCUGCUUGUGUUGACUGCGUUGACCGUGUCUCUGCUUGUGUUGACUGCGUUGACCGUGUCUCUGCUUGUGUUGACUGUGUUGACCGUGACUCUGCUUGUGUUGACUGAGUUGACCGUGACUCUGCUUGUGCUGACUGCGUUGACCGUGACUCUGCUUGUGCUGACUGCGUUGACCGUGACUCUGCUUGUGUUGACAGCGUUGACCGUGACUCUGCUUGUGCAGACGCUGUUGACCGUGACUUUGCUUGUGCUGACUGCGUUGAUCGUGACUCUGCUUGUGCUGACUGCGUUGACCGUGACUCUGCUUGUGCUGAUUGCGUUGACCGUGUCUCUGCUUGUGUUGACUGCGUUGAUCGUGUCUCUGCUUGUGUUGACUGCGUUGAUUGUGUCUUUGCUUUUGUUGACUGCGUUGACCGUGACUCUGCUUGUGCUGACUGCGUUGACCGUGACUCUGCUUGUGCUGACUGCGUUGACCGUGACUCUGCUUGUGCUGACUGCGUCGACUGUGACUCUGCUUGUGUUGACUGCGUUGACCGUGUCUCUGCUUGUGUUGACUGCGUUGACCGUGUCUCUGCUUGUGUUGACUGCGUUGACCGUGACUCUGCUUGUGUUGACUGCGUUGACCGUGACUCUGAUUGUGCUGACUGUGUUGACCGUGACUCUGCUUGUGCUGACUGCGUUGACCGUGUCUCUGCUUGUGUUGACUGCGUUGACCGUGACUCUGCUUGUGUUGACUGAGUUGACCGUGACUCUGCUUGUGCUGACUGCGUUGACCGUGUCUCUACUUGUGUUGACUGCGUUGACCGUGACUCUGCCUGUGUUGCCUGCGUUGACCGUGACUCUGCUUGUGCUGACUGUGUUGACCGUGACUCUGCUUGUGUUGACUGCGUUGACCGUGACUCUGCUUAUGCUGACUGCGUGGACCGUGACUCUGCUUGUGUUGACUGCGUCGACCGUGUCUCUGCUUGUGUUGACUGCGUUGAUCGUGUCUCUGCUUGUGUUGACUGCGUUGACCGUGACUCUGCUUGUGUUGACUGCGUUGACCGUGACUCUGCUUGUGCUGACUGCGUUGACCGUGACUCUGCUUGUGCUGACUGCGUUGACCGUGUCUUUGCUUGUGUUGACUGCGUUGACCGUGACUUUGCUUGUGCUGACUGCGUCGACCGUGUCUCUGCUUGUGUUGACUGCGUUGACCGUGUCUCUGCUUGUGUUGACUGCGUUGACCGUGACUCUGCUUGUGCUGACUGCGUUGACCGUGACUCUGCUUGUGCUGACUGCGUUGACCGUGUCUCUGCUUGUGUUGACUGCGUUGAUCGUGUCUCUGCUUGUGUUGACUGCGUUAACCGUGACUCUGCUUGUGUUGACUGCGUUGACCGUGACUCUGCUUGUGCUGACUGCGUUGACCGUGACUCUGCUUGUGCUGAGUGCGUUGACCGUGUCUCUGCUUGUGUUGACUGCGUUGACCGUGACUUUGCUUGUGCUGACUGCGUUGACCGUGACUCUGCUUGUGUUGACUGCGUCGACCGUGUCUCUGCUUGUGUUGACUGCGUUGACCGUGUCUCUGCUUGUGUUGACUGCGUUGACCGUGACUCUGCUUGUGCUGACUGCGUUGACCGUGACUCUGCUUGUGCUGACUGCGUUGACCGUGACUCUGCCUGUGUUGCCUGCGUUGACCGUGACUCUGCUUGUGCUGACUGUGUUGACCGUGACUCUGCUUGUGUUGACUGCGUUGACCGUGACUCUGCUUAUGCUGACUGCGUGGACCGUGACUCUGCUUGUGUUGACUGCGUCGACCGUGUCUCUGCUUGUGUUGACUGCGUUGAUCGUGUCUCUGCUUGUGUUGACUGCGUUGACCGUGACUCUGCUUGUGUUGACUGCGUUGACCGUGACUCUGCUUGUGCUGACUGCGUUGACCGUGACUCUGCUUGUGCUGACUGCGUUGACCGUGUCUCUGCUUGUGUUGACUGCGUUGACCGUGACUUUGCUUGUGCUGACUGCGUUGACCGUGACUCUGCUUGUGUUGACUGCGUCGACCGUGUCUCUGCUUGUGUUGACUGCGUUGACCGUGUCUCUGCUUGUGUUGACUGCGUUGACCGUGACUCUGCUUGUGCUGACUGCGUUGACCGUGACUCUGCUUGUGCUGACUGCGUUGACCGUGUCUCUGCUUGUGUUGACUGCGUUGAUCGUGUCUCUGCUUGUGUUGACUGCGUUGACCGUGACUCUGCUUGUGUUGACUGCGUUGACCGUGACUCUGCUUGUGCUGACUACGUUGACCGUGACUCUGCUUGUGCUGAGUGCGUUGACCGUGUCUCUGCUUGUGUUGACUGCGUUGACCGUGACUUUGCUUGUGCUGACUGCGUUGACCGUGACUCUGCUUGUGUUGACUGCGUCGACCGUGUCUCUGCUUGUGUUGACUGCGUUGACCGUGUCUCUGCUUGUGUUGACUGCGUUGACCGUGACUCUGCUUGUGCUGACUGCGUUGACCGUGACUCUGCUUGUGCUGACUGCGUUGAGCGUGUCUCUACUUGUGCUGACUGCGUUGACCGUGUCUCUGCUUGUGUUGACAACGUUGACCGUGACUCUGCUUGUGCUGACUGCGUUGACCGUGACUCUACUUGUGCUGACCGCGUUGACCGUGACUCUACUUGUGCUGACUGCGUUGACCGUGUCUCUGCUUGUGUUGACUGCGUUGACCGUGACUUUACUUGUGCUGACUGUGUUGACCGUGACUCUGCUUGUGUUGACUGCGUCGACCGUGUCUCUGCUUGUGUUGACUGCGUUGACCGUGUCUUUGCUUGUGUUGACUGUAUUGACCGUGACUCUGCGUGUGUUGACUGCGUUGACCGUGACUCUGCUUGUGCUGACUGCCUUGACCGUGACUCUGCUUGUGCUGAUUGCGUUGACCGUGUCUCUGCUUGUAUUGACUGCGUUGACCGUGACUCUGGUUGUGCUGACUCUGUUGAUCGUGACUCUGCUUGUGCUGACUGUGUUGACCGUGACUCUGCUUGUGCUGACUGCGUUGACCGUGACUCUGCUUGUGCUGACUGAGUUGACCGUGAUUCUGCUUGUGCUGACUGCGUUGACCAUGUUUAUGCUUGUGUUGACUUCGUUGACCGUGACUCUGCUUGUGUUGACUGCGUUGACCGUGACUCUGCUUGUGCUGACUACGUUGACCGUGUCUCUGCUUGUGCUGACUGCGUUGACCGUGACUCUGCUUGUGUUGACUGCGUUGACCGUGUCUCUGCUUGUGUUGACUGCGUUGACCGUGUCUCUGCUUGUGUUGACUGUGUUGACCGUGACUCUGCUUGUGUUGACUGAGUUGACCGUGACUCUGCUUGUGCUGACUGCGUUGACCGUGACUCUGCUUGUGCUGACUGCGUUGACCGUGACUCUGCUUGUGUUGACAGCGUUGACCGUGACUCUGCUUGUGCAGACUCUGUUGACCGUGACUUUGCUUGUGCUGACUGCGUUGAUCGUGACUCUGCUUGUGCUGACUGCGUUGACCGUGACUCUGCUUGUGCUGAUUGCGUUGACCGUGUCUCUGCUUGUGUUGACUGCGUUGAUCGUGUCUCUGCUUGUGUUGACUGCGUUGAUUGUGUCUUUGCUUGUGUUGACUGCGUUGACCGUGACUCUGCUUGUGCUGACUGCGUUGACCGUGACUCUGCUUGUGCUGACUGCGUUGACCGUGUCUCUGCUUGUGUUGACUGCGUUGACCGGGACUCUGCUUGUAUUGACUGCGUUGACCGUGACACUGCUUGUGCUGACUGCGUUGAUCGUGACUCUUCUUGUGUUGACUGCGUUGACCGUGACUCUGCUUGUGCUGAUUACGUUGACCGUGUCUCUGCUUGUGUUGACUGCGUUGAUCGUGACUCUGCUUGUGCUGACUGCGUUGAUCGUGACUCUGCUUGUGCUGACUGCGUUGACCGUGACUCUGCUUGUGCUGACUGCGUUGAUCGUGUCUCUACUUGUGUUGACUGCGUUGACCGUGACUCUGCUUGUGUUGACUGCGUUGACCGUGACUCUACUUAUGCUGACUGCGUGGACCGUGACUCUGCUUGUGUUGACUGCGUCGACCGUGUCUCUGCUUGUGUUGACUACGUUGAUCGUGUCUCUGCUUGUGUUGACUGCGUUGACCGUGACUCUGCUUGUGUUGACUGCGUUGACCGUGACUCUGCUUGUGCUGACUGCGUUGACCGUGACUCUGCUUGUGUUGACUGCGUUGACUGUGUCUCUGCUUGUGUUGACUGCGUUGACCGUGUCUCUGCUUGUGCUGACUGCGUUGACCGUGACUCUGCUUGUGCUGACUGCGUUGACCGUGUCUCUGCUUGUGUUGACAGCGUUGACCGUGACUCUGCUUGUGCAGACUCUGUUGACCGUGACUUUGCUUGUGCUGACUGCGUUGAUCGUGACUCUGCUUGUGCUGACUGCGUUGACCGUGACUCUGCUUGUGCUGAUUGCGUUGACCGUGUCUCUGCUUGUGUUGACUGCGUUGAUCGUGUCUCUGCUUGUGUUGACUGCGUUGAUUGUGUCUUUGCUUGUGUUGACUGCGUUGACCGUGACUCUGCUUGUGCUGACUGCGUUGACCGUGACUCUGCUUGUGCUGACUGCGUUGACCGUGUCUCUGCUUGUGUUGACUGCGUUGACCGGGACUCUGCUUGUAUUGACUGCGUUGACCGUGACACUGCUUGUGCUGACUGCGUUGAUCGUGACUCUGCUUGUGUUGACUGCGUUGACCGUGACUCUGCUUGUGCUGACUACGUUGACCGUGUCUCUGCUUGUGUUGACUGCGUUGACCGUGACUCUGCUUGUGCUGACUGCGUUGAUCGUGACUCUGCUUGUGCUGACUGCGUUGACCGUGACUCUGCUUGUGCUGACUGCGUUGAUCGUGUCUCUACUUGUGUUGACUGCGUUGACCGUGACUCUGCUUGUGUUGACUGCGUUGACCGUGACUCUGCUUAUGCUGACUGCGUGGACCGUGACUCUGCUUGUGUUGACUGCGUCGACCGUGUCUCUGCUUGUGUUGACUACGUUGAUCGUGUCUCUGCUUGUGUUGACUGCGUUGACCGUGACUCUGCUUGUGUUGACUGCGUUGACCGUGACUCUGCUUGUGCUGACUGCGUUGACCGUGACUCUGCUUGUGCUGACUGCGUUGACUGUGUCUCUGCUUGUGUUGACUGCGUUGACCGUGACUCUGCUUGUGUUGACUGUGUUGACCGUGACUCUGCUUGUGCUGACUGCGUUGACCGUGUCUCUGCUUGUGUUGACUGCGUUGACCGUGACUCUGCUUGUGUUGACUGAGUUGACCGUGACUCUGCUUGUGCUGAUUGCGUUGACCGUGUCUCUGCUUGUGUUGACUACGUUGACCGUGUCUCUGCUUGUGUUGACUGCGUUGAUUGUGUCUCUGCUUGUGUUGACUGCGUUGACCGUGUCUCUGCUUGUGUUGACUGCGUUGACCGGGACUCUGCUUGUGUUGACUGCGUUGACCGUGACACUGCUUGUGCUGACUGCGUUGAUCGUGACUCUGCUUGUGUUGACUGCGUUGUCCGUGAAUCUGCUACGUUGA